UCACACUUGUGCAAACGUCAAGCGAUACAUACAGGAAAAAAUCGGAAAGCCAGGAAAACAUGGUUCACUUUUCUAAAGAUAUAAUGUUGAAAUAUCAAUUGUAAAUAUUACCUGUUUAUUAUUACGCACGGAUUGAAAGUGGAUGUGCAUAAAAUAGCGUGUGUUGUGAUCGAAAAACGAGCGUGGAACGUAACGUGAAUACCUGAAUUCUGCCUGAGUGUGAAUCGAAUUCGUGUGAGAGAGUGCGAGCUUAAGUCUGCAUUUACUUGACAUAUAACUAAUAAUAUCAAGAAUAUCGUGUGGGAGCGCUGCCAGAAAUCGAAUCAGAUAACCCUCUCAAUAGUCAGCACUCGAAGGAGGAGGGUCCGUGUCCGUGUCCGUGUCCUUGGUAAUGGAUUUCGUUCAAGUUUCGGAGGAGGAGGGUGACGAGCCCAUUGAGCUGCCGGCCGAGGAGGAUGGCACUCUGCUGCUGUCCACCCUGCAGGCACAGUUUCCCGGAUCCUGCGGCCUUAAGUAUCGCAACCUGGACACGAAGGCGGUUCGAGGAGUUCGCUCCAACGAGGGCAGACUGUUUCCGCCCAGCGUGGACUCCGGCUGGGGGGAAUACCUGUACUUUUGUGUGUUUCCCAAGGAAAACAAGCGCAAGAGCGACGAUAACUUGGAAAACUCAACGGCCAAGACCAAACGUAUUGAGACCCGGCUGCGAUGCACUGAUCUUAUUGUACUAGGCCUGCCCUGGAAGACCACUGAGGAGAGUCUGCGGGAGUACUUUGAGACUUACGGCGAAGUGCUGAUGGCCCAGAUCAAGAAGGACACCAAGUCCGGGCAGUCCAAGGGCUUUGGAUUCGUGCGGUUUGGCUCAUACGACGCCCAGAUGCGUGUUCUCUCCAACCGCCACCUCAUCGACGGUCGUUGGUGCGAGGUUAAGGUGCCCAACUCCAAGGGCAUGGGCCAUCAGGUGCCUUGCAAGGUCUUCGUGGGCCGCUGCACAGAGGACAUAAACUCGGACGACUUGCGGGAGUACUUCUCCAAGUUCGGCGAGGUUACAGACGUGUUCAUUCCCCGUCCCUUUAGGGCCUUUAGUUUUGUCACUUUCCUCGAUCCUGAUGUGGCCCAGUCGCUGUGUGGCGAGGAUCACAUAAUCAAGGGAGUUUCGGUGCAUGUGUCGAAUGCCGCCCCGAAAGCCGAGCAGAACAGGAACCAGCAGGUUCAGAGCUACAAUUAUAACUCGGCCAACAGCUUCGGCAUGCACUCGUACCACCCGCAGGGCAACCACAUGAAUCCCGGCCGCAACGGACACCACAGAGGUAAUAACCAACACAGCGCUCACGGCGGUGAGAGCUCAAUCAUCGCCAAUAAUCACAGCAACAUUGGCACCACCGGCUACGGCAUGGGCGGCAAUAAUUACGGCGGGAAUUCGGGCGGGGGCUAUCACAACAAUAGCAGUAAUCACUCUAGUGGCGGGAACGCAAAUCGCCAGGACGGCGGCACCCAGUAUAACAGUAGGCAGGCCAACUUUCACGGAAUGAACCAGCCCCACAACGGCAACGUGGGCGGCAGCAACGGUUGGAUGAAUCGGGGCCACCUGGACAUGCCCAAUCUGCAGGCGCUGGGCAUCAAUUCGCAGGGAUCGAGCUCCUCCAACCAGGGCCAGAACAUGAGCAACCAGUCGAUGCUCAAUCUGAACUCGUUGCCGCUCAAUCCCGCCCUGGUCGCUGCCGCCUUGAACCAGUGGAGCCUGGUGGGCAACCAGCUGCAGAAUCAAAACCAGGACCAGCAGGGAGGAAAUUUUUUAUCAUGGAUGGCCCAGAACGGUGGCCACAACAAUGCCAACAACUUUGGCGGACGGAAGGGAUCGAAUAACCCGAACAACCCGGGCGCCAACGGGAUGAACAAGGCGGACAAUUCCGGCUGUAAUGACCCACAGAAUGGAAACACCGGAUGGUCGAACCAGAGCAGCGGCUCUCAAAACUCCGUGGAAAAGUCAAACUUUCUUUAAGGCGGUACCAACAGCACGAUUCGGUACCGGUACCAACUAAUGUGGUUAAUAAUGACGCUGAUUUAACCAGAACCUCUGUAGCUUACUUAAAUAUAUAUGUAUUCUACAUUUACAGAAAUUAAGAAUUGUAUUUAAUAUGUGCUAGAUAUUUUGAUAAUUGUAAGUAAAUGACACUCGAUGGAGAAUAAUACAAUUUAUGGAACCCUUUGCGAAAUAAAUUCUGCACCAAAGCUCAAUUUAAA